UCCUAUAAUAUUCACGGGUUGCUACACUUGGCAGAUGACGUAGAGAACCAUGGUCCUGUUGACCUGUGGAGUGCUUUCCCAUUCGAGAAUUACAUGCAACAAGUAAAGCGGUGGAUCAGAAAGCCAGAACGGCCACUGGAACAGUUAUUUAAACGUGUUACGGAAGAGAUGAAGCUUCCCUACUCCACACGUAAAGCCGGCAACUGUGAAGUGACGUUAAGCCUUGAACAUGAUUCAGGGCCCUUGCCUAUUUUCUGUGAAGGACCUCAAUACAAGAAAGUUGCCAUUGGGAAUAAGUAUGUGCUGAGGAAUACCUGUGGUGACAACUGUUGUGUUCUGUUGGAUGGCAGUGUCAUUGAAGUACAGAACAUUGCCCUUUUCUCAACAACAAGAAAGCCGUGUAUUAUUGGAAGACGGUUCCUCCAGAAAAAUGACCUGUACACCUUUCCGUGCCCAUCGUCGUCAUUUGGAAUUUAUGCGGCAUCAGGACUCUCAGACACUAGCGCCUGGCCAUUGGAAAUUGUAUCAUCAAAAUGUAUGAAGCUCCCGUUUCAAGGACAGUGGGCAAUCUUUCCGUUGCUGCACUCUCAGCUGUUAAGGAACAGUGGCUGUGAUGUUGAGGUUGCUUGAGUAUUUAUUCUAUUACAGAAAGGAUGCUUUUCAAGAUCAACGACAUUUUUUUAUUGUCAAAUUCCCUGGAGAAGACAACGACGUUGAUGUGGUGCACUCAACUUGGGUUGAAGAUGGACACUGUUGGUGGCCACCAGAGAGGAAUUCCAACAAACUGCGAUCUAUGAUUGUUAGGGGACACGCCCCAUUGCAGAGCUGGAACAAAGUCGAAUGUUCUGUAAUUGAAAGAUUCUGUCCCUCUGAAGAUUACUCUGAGGAAUGCACAGUUCUGUCACAGGAUAUAAGUCAUGGAUAUCAAGCUUCCGGCAACUAUGCAAGGCACGGUUUAGUACUUCAAGAACAUGCGUCGUCCCAGCAACUCGGCCAGCACGCAGGUGGCUUUCAACAAGGAGCUGCAUCAUCACCUUGGAGUCCCUUUCUUGGAGAAGGCAGAGGAUAUGUCGGCGAAAACAACUCUAUUGGACCGCAGAGCCAACUGUACAGCAGGGAUACCACUGCGGAUAUGCAUGCUCGUGACAGCCGUGUUGUAUAUGGUGCCCCCUUCUCGGGAUACCAAUCUCCAACAUCUGAUACUAGUAAUGCAAGGCGCUUUUGUCCGGUCAGUAACAUCACGCCUAUGGUCCACAGAGAAGAAAUGCGCAAGUCGCAGCCCAGGUUGCAGCCCAGGGCACUGAUCCAGCAUAGCUACAGCACUUCCACUGCUCGUGGUACUACAUUGCAGACAGGAUUUGAAAACGAGGUUCUCCGGCUAUUGCAUGCGAUAAAAAUCGCCCAAGAGGACCAGACAUCUCAAUUGAACACUGUCACGUCUGCCCUGGAGCGUCAAACUGUGCAGGCUGCCCUUGACGAGUACAAUGCUCUGGAGCCAUAUGAAGAACUAGAUCAGUUUCUGGCAAUCGAUCGCUCUCUUAAGGAUGAGAAGGAAAUGAAAAAGUUGCUGACCAUGCUGCAACAGUAUGGGGGAACGAACACCAAGGAUGCUACACUGAGACUCCUGCGUGCACUAAUGACUGAUGAUGUGGCCACUGCUUUUAGCUGGAAAGGUGGAAAGGGGAAGAUAAAGUUUUGUGAUCUCCUCUGCUGUGAUGCCGUCUUCCGGUGCAUCAAGUCAAAUCGGCUACUCAAGAACACGACAGAUUCGGAGAUCGAGUGUCACAUAAAAUCAUGGCUUCGACACGCCAAAGAACGCAUAGACAGAAAGGCCGCUAACAAGGAAAGGCCAUCAGCAUCUCAGGUUUGACAUGUGCCACACACAAGGACUCUGACAUUUCUGGUUUAUGUUACAUAUUUUUCCAUCACGCUUCAUUAUCAGUAAUGCCUGUGCAGUCCUGUACAUCUUUGUACAUCUUUAAGUGUUACAAAAUUCAUGUAUUCAAACUAUGAAGGUUACCUGCAUGCAAGUUUUGCCUGUACAUUCUAUUGCCUGGUGGACAACGUGUGUGACAUGUUUUGUGACUGCAGUUUGGCUAACUAAUUCCGGUCACUAAUUAACUCUCUAAUCAAUGCUUUUCCAGAAAAGCUUGCAUAGAAGAAUUUGAGGGAACCCUCGUUCAUUGACAUCUUGUUUUUAAUUUUGACACAGGCUUAUCAGUGAGUCGGCCGUUUCGCAAAUUACUCUGAAAUGACGCAGAAACCAAGGUGAAACUCACGUAUUGAGUGCAGAAAGGGUUGCAGCCACUGUCAGACGAACAUUCACACAAGCCGCAGAGACUUUUGAAGCUGUCGCCCCGCGGAGCUGACAGCGGCGAGUACUGUGCUAUCCAGACAACAUUAGGGUGUGCGCUGUUUAACAUGUCACUUGUGUCAUAGCGCGUAAUUAACAGAUGGCGGCUGUUGUACUUCCGUGCGCAGUAUGUGCAGUUUUGCCUCAGUGUCAACUUAUUCAGCGUAAUUUGUGUGACGGCAACAUUGUGUAUGCUUGCUUUCAUGCUUUUUGAGACAAGGUAUUCUUAAACAUGGGUAGCGCGCAGUCCUUCUGUUGUAGCUUUUCCAGAAAAGCGCUAAUUAACACCUUGAUUGGUGAAUCCUAAUCAGCUAGCUAAACUACAGGGUCUUACCCUAUAAAAGUCCACCCGCGCCGGCAUGCCGUGCUCGCUAAUUACUCAAUGCAGGUGGCACAUUGCAUCGUCUACGUGUUAAGCUCAUAAGGACACUCAGUCAUGG